AUGGCUACCAUUGCUGCUGACGUCCCAAAGACCCAAAAGGGUGUUAUCUUCUACGAAAACAACGGUGAAUUGCAAUACAAAGACCUACCAGUCCCACAACCAAAGCCAACUGAAUUGUUGAUCCACGUCCUAUACUCCGGUGUCUGCCACACCGAUCUACACGCCUGGAAGGGUGACUGGCCAUUGGACACCAAAUUGCCUUUGGUCGGUGGUCACGAAGGUGCCGGUGUCGUCGUCGGUAUGGGUUCCUCCGUCAAGGGCUGGAAGAUGGGUGACUUGGCCGGUAUCAAGUGGUUGAACGGUUCUUGUAUGAACUGUGAAGAAUGUGAAUUGUCCAACGAAUCAAACUGUCCAGAAGCUGACUUGUCCGGUUACACCCACGACGGUUCUUUCCAACAAUACGCUACCGCUGACGCUGUCCAAGCUGCUCACAUCCCACAAGGUGCUGACAUGGCUGAAGUCGCCCCAAUCUUAUGUGCCGGUGUCACUGUCUACAAGGCUUUGAAAUCCGCUGAAUUGAAGGCUGGUGACUGGGUCGCUAUCUCUGGUGCUGCCGGUGGUUUAGGUUCUUUGGCUGUCCAAUACGCUAAGGCCAUGGGUUACAGAGUCUUGGGUAUUGACGGUGGUGACGAAAAGGAAAAAUUCUUCAAGUCCAUGGGUGGUGAAGUCUUCGUCGACUUCAUGACCUGUAAGGACAUUGUCGGUGCCGUCAAGGAGGCUACCAACGGUGGUGCUCACGGUUGUAUCAACGUCUCUGUCUCCGAAAAGGCUAUCGAAGCUUCCACCCAAUACGUCAGAACCAACGGUACCGUCGUCUUGGUCGGUUUGCCAGCUGGUGCUUACUGUAAAUCUGAAGUCUUCGACCAAGUCGUCAAGUCUUACAAGAUUGUCGGUUCUUACGUUGGUAACAGAGCUGACACCAGAGAAGCUUUGGACUUCUUCGUCAGAGGUUUGGUCAAGCCAACCAUCAAGGUUGUCGGUUUGUCUACCUUACCAGAAAUUUACGAAAAGAUGGAAAAGGGUCAAAUCGUCGGUAGAUACGUUGUUGACACUUCCAAAUAA